AUGAGUUCGUUCGAACUUCGGGAUGAGCUCGAGGAGAUCAAGAGUAUCAAGAAGUACAAGAUCAACAACGAACACGAUGUCUCGUCUAUGGACCAGCAUGAGGUCGACGACAUCCUUAGCCGUGCCGUUGACGCUAUCUCUCAAGACUUCGCGAACGUCACGGACGACGAGACUCUGGAUAUUUACCGCAGUGUUCUCAAGGGAAUCAUGACCAGCCCGCAGAAUAUCCCUCCAGUCUUCAUGACCAAGAUCCUGGAUUCGCUCGCGUCCGCCUUUACCGCCGCCGUCGAGGACACGACCAGAUACGUCGACAACUUUGGACCGGAAGAGUUGCGAGAACGGCGCCAAAUCCUCGAAACAUAUGCUUUCCUGCUCCACUGGUUCGUGAUGGGAGCGGACAAGUACAAGGGUGUCGCCGGUGCUGCCGACGGCGUGUCCGUUGUGCCCAAGCCGCGGAGAGGAAGGGGCGGGAAGGCGGCUGCGGCUGGGCGCGCGAAGAAGGGCGCGGAGUGGUCGUGGGUCGAGCAGAUCGAGCCGACGCUUGAACUCAUCGUCAAGGCGCUCAAGAUUCGCUCGCAGAGGAUAUGGACGACGACUGCAGACCGCGAGACGUUCCUUGAUCCGCUCAUGAGCCCAGUCUACCGCGUGAUGGAGAACGAGGCGUACAUGAAGUUCGAGACCAUCCGCGCCAACAUCUUCCAGGCCAUCUGCCUCGCCGUCAAACACCACAACCACAGCAAAGCCGCCCAAGCCAAGUUCAAGCAGCUGCUCGGAUACUCGGAAGGCCCCGCAGACUACAUCGCCGACUUGCUCGCUGUGCUUGUCAACGAAUACGAGCAAAUCGCGAUCGGCGAGGAGUUCCUGCGCAUGGUGGCUAAGUCCUACCAGAUGCGCAACGCCAUCGUUGAAAUAUUCGGACUUCUGAUCCGCGACCAGCUCCAAACCGCCGUCGACUUCAAAGAAGUCACGCCCACAGUCGACCCUCUCUACACCGCCCUCCUCCAACGCACGCGCGACAUAUCCUCCUACGUCCGCUCCCGCGCCUUCCAAGUCAUCGCCAAAGUCAUCGACGUGCCCCAGAACGGCGCCUUCCGCAACCAGCGCAUAAAGAUGGCGCUCAAAGCCAACGCCGCGUUGAUGGAUAAGACGGCGACAGUUCGGAAGUACGCGCUUAUAUGCCUGCAAAAGCUUAUUCAGACACAUACGUUCGCGACGGUUAAGGACGGGAAGGAGUUCACGGAUUUGCCGAAGGAGGCGUUUGCGGAGCAAUAUGAGCAGUUUUGCGCGGACGAGAAGCAGCAUAAGGCUGCGCUUAAGGCUCUCGCUGCGCCCAACGAACCCCCUCAAGGUGCACCGCCCAAGGAGAAUGAGGCGGAGGCAAGUCAGACGCCCAAGAAGAAGAAGAAGUCGAGGAAAUCACGCGCCGAAGACGAUGAGAGCAUGGAGGUUGACGGUGAGGGCGCCGAGGGCGAGGAAGCGGAGGACGAGGAAGACGUCGACGACGCCGCCGAUAGUAUCGUGUCUGCCGACGGCGAACCCAAGCCUAAGGCCGAGGAGGAGCCCGAAGUGGACAUCAGCACGCUCGACCUUUCCGGCCUGAACGACGCGCAGCAAGUCCGAGCGAACCACGAGAUCGAGAAGAUCGAGAUUGCGCAGAAGUACAAGAAGUACUACGGCGAGGCGUUGCAGUUUAUCGGUGUCGUCGAGUAUGCGAUGGAGACGGCCUGCGAUCUACUUGGUAGCAAGAACAAGGCCGAGGUUCUUGAAGCCAUCGAACUGUUCCGCGUGGCGUACAUGUAUAAGAUGUCCACGGCCGAGAUCGGAAUGCGCAGGAUGAUCCAUCUUAUCUGGCAGAAGGACAACAACGCUCCGCCCACGACUACGGGCGAAGAGGUCGUCUCGACCAAGGGCGUUCGCGCACGGCUCAUCGACACGUACGACUCAAUAUACUUGACGCCGCAGCAACAAGUGGAGCCGCAUAGGCGUGCGAAGGAGGUCGCGAAGCAGUUGAUCGUAUUGACGUAUAGCAUGUCGCUCGCCGAGCUGACCUCGCUUGAAGAGCUUCUGCGCCAGAUGACUGACGAGGGCAAGGUGGAGAGCGAAGUCAUCGAGACGCUUUGGCUAGUCUACGAGGAUAAACGCCCUCUUCCUGCCGUACAGCGCCGCGGCGCUAUCAUCCUCCUUGGCAUGUUCGCGCUGUCCAAGCCGUCCAUCGUCCGCGAUAAGCAGUCUAUUCUGCUCGAGAUUGGUCUCGGCAAGCAUGGCAAGGCCGACCUCCAACUGGCGAAGUACACUUGCAUCGCCCUCCAGCGCAUGACCGGCUUCAAGAAGAAAGUCAAGGGUUCGCUCGAAGAUAAUCGCCAGCGCUACGCCAUGUCCAACCCCGUCUUCCGCCGCCUCAUCGACGUCAUCGAGACGCCAACGCACGACCGCGCGUGGUUCGCGUUCGCAGAGCAAGCUAUCAACGCUGUGUAUGCUCUCGCGGAGAAGCCGGAGGUCGUGGUGGAGAGGGUUAUCAGGGAUCUUACAAGGAGAGCGUUCACGAGCGCGCCUGCGGCCGAUCUCGGCGGGUCUGCGCCGCCGCCUCAGCCUGAACAAGAGAAGCCGCAGGAAGAGAAGGAUCCGGACGCGAUGGAGACUGACGACGAGGGCACACCUACGCCGACGGGCGAAGACAGGGCCGCGACGCCCCAACCGCAAGCCGCACCCGGUCCAUCACAGCCCAGCGCAAUCCCAGGCGGAGACGCGGGCGAUGCCUUCGGCCUCAGCCAGAUGUUCUUUGUCGUCGGCCACGUCGCGAUGAAACACAUCGUCCACCUCGAGCUCAUCGAGCGCGAGAUGAAGCGCAAGAAGCAGGAGCAGGAGAUGGCGGCGAAGCAGGGCGCCAGCCAGGCUGAGAAGGAGGACGAGAUUGAGCAGGUUGCGGGGAAUGCGGAGGAUGACAUUGGGGAGCAUAUUAAGGUGGUUAGGGAGGAGGAAUUGCUGUUUGGGGACAGGAGCUUGUUGAGGGUGUAUGGGCCUUUGCUGGUGUAUGUCUGUGGGUCACCGCAGAUCUACAAGGACGCGACACUGCGUGCGGCCGCCACGCUCUCCUUCGCCAAGUUCCUCUGCAUCUCCGGCAAGUUCUGCGAACAGCACCACAUGCUCCUCUUCAAAAUUCUCGAAACAUCCCGCGACCCCAACAUCCGCGCGAACAUCGUCAUCGGCAUCGGCGACCUGGCCGUAUCCUUCGCCACCAUCAUUGACGAGCGCCUCAACGCCCUCUACAUGGGGUUGAGCGCCGACGACCUGAUCGUGAAGAAGAACACGCUGAUGGUGCUCACCCAUUUGAUCUUGAACGGGAUGAUCAAGGUCAAGGGUCAGCUGGCUGAGAUGGCGAAGUGCAUUGAGGAUGGGGAGCAGAGGGUUAGCGAUUUGGCGAAGUUGUUCUUCAACGAGCUGUCGACGAAGGACAACGCGAUCUAUAACAACUUGCCCGAUAUGAUCUCUCACCUAUCAUUCGGCCGCUUCGCGGUAUCCGAAGAAGUCUUCCAGAACACCAUGCGCUACAUCUUCACCUUUGUCGAGAAAGAGCGCCAAGCAGAGAGCAUCAUUGAGAAGCUCUGCCAGCACUUCAAGCUCGCGCCCGACGCCCGUCGAUGGCGCGAUAUCGCCUUCUGCCUCUCGCUUCUGCCCUUCCGCUCGGAGAAGAGCUUGAAGAAGCUUAUUGAGGGGUUGCCGCAUUAUAAGGAUAAGCUCCACGACGAGGGCGUUUAUUCGAGGUUUGUGGAGAUUUUGGCCAAGGCGAAGUUGGCGAAGAAGAAUGAGCAGGAGAUUACGGAUUUCGAGAAGAUCUUAGAUGAUAAUAAGCAGAAGGGUGAGGAGGGCCAGGAGUUCGAGAAGCAGGUUGAGAAGAAUAAGUCGAAGGCGAAGAAGCGGGCGACUACGAAGGAGAAGGCUGCGACCACUGCUCCGGCGAAGCGUGCUACCCGUACGCGGAAGAAGACAGCUGCAGCUGAUGAUGACGAUAUGUUCGAGGACAACUAG